UCACCACCAACCCGAAUUUUAUUUUCAGAUAGGCCUACAUCAAACAGGAUUGUUUGUUAUUAAGUUUAGAACUCUAAAUGAUUACCUAUACACCUGCAAUGUAGACGGCUUUGAUUUCUCUCGCUCACUUGCAGUGUAGAUAAGCGACAUUCCAAUUAAUUCGGGUUUGUUAUCUCCGCUUAUCCGACACUGGGACAGUUGUAUUCAUUCAUUCUGGAGCUGUUGCGCUGAGCGGAGCGUCUGGAGUUGCAUACCACCUAAUAUGUAAACGGCCGUUGAGUUUUGACCGCGUCUCGUUGUUUUUCAAAGUCUCGUGCAGGAGCGGCGCGUUUUUUAGACGCCACGUCGGGUUUAAAAAGAACGUCCACUUUUAAACGCGCUUCCCGAGACACUUGCGUUCUGUUUUGUCUAGCUUUCUUUUUAGCGCAAUAACGCGUUCGUAUUGAACGGCCCCUAAAUCAUGCGUAAAACGCAUACCAAUGGAUACGUAUUCGACUCGUUCUGCAAAUAUCGGGGACACUCUGAUUUAUUGCUCCAUAACGUUUUUGAAAGUAUGUAACUGCUGUAGGAGAAACUCCGCCUUUAGGAAAUAUUUGAUUAUAGCUCUUGUGUGUUUUGUGUAUUUGUUUUUUACUGUUCAUGUGUCUACUCACAAAGACAAACGUCCCGACCACUGGACUGGUAGUGUGUUUUCUCAGAGUAAAACUAAUCAGGAGCCUACUGAUGGGGAGGCGAAUGAAUCUUUCAUCCCAACGAGGUCUAAUGUGGUGUAUAUUACGCUGAAGUCUAAGCGGCACAAGCCUGCCAUCAUCAGGGGUACAGUUCGACCCAAAUUCCGGAGAAAGAAAGUUAAAGUGAGAUACCAGGGCUCAAAGGAUAGCAAACAGGACAAAGCAAACAAGUACGAGGGACUCAAAAAUACAAACGACAAUGAGAAAUCAUGGAAACGAUUAGGAUAUUCUGAGCAAUCAUUUAAUAAACUGGACCGUUUUAUUGGCAGUGAUUAUUCGGCCAUCAGGAUAUACAGUCAAAGAGCUCCUCCAUGGUUUAGCAAUGAUGACAUAGCGGCCAUGCGCUUUCUUGCCGACAGUAAAAUAACGCAUUUAGAAGAAGUGACACCUCGGGGGCUUUCUUCAUUAAUUUUAUUUAAAAGUGUAACAAAUCGCACGGACGAUACUGAUGGGUGUCGCAAAUGUCGCGGUGUUGUCAAACGACCCUUGGACAUGAGCGAGGUUUUCGCCUAUCAUCUAGACAGGGUCUUGGGACUGAACAGAUCUUUGCCAACAGUCAGCAGAAGAUUCCACUCUCUUGGAGAUGGUCAUCCUUGUCCAGUUGUUUUGUGGGAUCCUUCUAUAAGCCCAGUAGUUGAUGCAGAUCAACCCUCUGCGAGAUUGACCUGGGGCUCAUACCAAGCCUCUCUCAAGUACAAGUGCUGGCAUCGGGGCAUCACCCCUAAACCAGAAUGGAGCUGCACCAGCAUACACCACCAUGAAUGGAGCAAGUUGGUAGUUUUUGAUUUCCUGCUGCAGAUUUAUGAACGGCUAGAUAGUAACUGCUGUGGGUUCAAGCCACGCCCAGAAGACACCUGUGUUAAGCUUGGUCAUCAUGAAGAAUGUAGAGACAAGGACAACACAGAACUCGCCCAUAUAUUCCACAGACGACAUGACCCACACCACCUGGUUUUCUUUAACAACAAAGGUUACUUUGACCGGGAUGAGGAAAAUCUGGACUUCAAACUACUAGAGGGGAUUAAAGAGCUACCAGAUCAGUCUGUAUCUGUGUUGAGAUCUCAGCGUCUCAGAGAAAAGCUCCUGCAAUCUUUGUUCCUAGACCAGCAGUACUGGGAGAGUCAGGGUGGUCGUCAAGGCAUUGAAAAACUUAUUGACGUUAUUGAGAGAAGAGCCAAAGUCUUGCUUACUUACAUCAAUGCCCAUGGGAUUAAAGUGGUACCUUGAUGACAUUCUUGACAGAUGAAGCUUCAGGUUACAAGAUUUCUGUCUACACUGUAAGGCGACCCAUCAUCCUCUUGGUUCCCAAAGAAUGCUGAUGUUUUCAUCUGUUUGCUAUGCAAAGACCUGCUGAAUUUAAAUUCUGUCAGUCAAAAUUGUCUGCACUUCACUACAUUGUAAAUUUGUAAGCACAAAUUUGUAAGCACAAGUUGAAUAUACAGUAGGGCAAGAAAAUGCAAUCAAGUCCCACUGAAUUUUUUAUAAAAAAUGUUUGUAUAAUUACAUAAAGCAUAGUGCUAACCUUACAUGGUACACCUAAAUGCUCUUGUAACGGGGGGUUAAAAUGGGUUAAAAUUUCGGCCGUUUGGGAGAGAGAAAAGGGACAGCGGCCAUUCAUCCGCGUCCAGGCGGCCGGCAGUGACUCCUCCGUCCUGGGUGGACGGCAGUGGUGAGGACUCCUCACUCCUGGGUUUCAGCACCAAUGUAGCAGGGGGGGUUAAAAUGGGAAAGUAGGAGACGGGAACCGGACGAACCAUUCCAAUAAUAUUGAAUGAAAACUUAAAAACAUAAACACACACAUAGCAGCUGCAUGUCCGCAUCCGGCUUGUCUUUAUUGCUCUCCUUGGCUGAUUAGCACGAUUGGGGCCUGGGCGUGUGCCCUCAUGGCCUAGGCUCACCCUCCUCAUCACAGCUCUACACAGAGUCCCCCACAAACCAAGACAAUAUUCACAUGGUGACUGACAGGAAGAGAGUUCCUCAAAUAAUUCUGAUUGUCUAUACAAUACAGUAGCAGUCAGAUUAUGUUUGCUGUCUACAGAGCAGUUGUCACUACAGUUCACAGAGAUUGGUGUUGUUUUUCAGGACACCUGUACUUCAGAGACAUGCUAGGAAACCUGUUUCUUGGAUAUGUGUCAGGUAGUAGGGACAUUUUCACUGGUAUACCUUUAAUGUAAAAAAUACAAUAAUCACUUACAACUACAACAGCUUUAAUUCCAGUUUGUAAUCAAUGCAAUAUUUAGCCUCAAUAUUAAGUCACUCAGCAAUUCUGCUUUUAAAUAUGAUGUCUGCUAUAAUCGGUGUAUCCAUGUGUUUUGUCAGCUGCAAUAGAGGUGUUUCGUUCUGACAGUUCCAGAGUACCACCAGUGUUAAAUCACCCUGGUCAUGUUGCACUUGUUUAAGAUUUUUCUAUCAUGAAGAUGGUAAAUUAGAAUUAUUAAUAUAAAUGGUUGUUUUCGGUAUGCUCUCAGAAGUUUUUAUUUUUUAUAUAAUGUUAUUUGCUUUUAUAAAUCAGACUGGAAUAAACAAUGUUCCAAAUCAGUCCAUUGCUAAUUGUAGUGGUAUUGAAAUGUGUGACAAAUAUGUGGAGAUGGAGGAUGAAAGGAGUAUAGUAAAUGCUUUGCAGAUUAAGGUUUGUGUGUGCUAUCUGCAGUAUUUUGCAUUAAAUUACUUGACUAGAUUUGAGAAAGCAUGUUAACCAUAUAAAUACCACCUGGUCUCAUAGAAUCACGUAACUUUAGCUUAAUUUUUACUAAAUGAUUUGUAUGUGGCUUGUUAUACAUUUUGCAGCACUUUCCAGUUGAAAUGAAGUCUACAGGCACUAGAAAAACAAUGACUGUUAUUCUCUUUUACACAAAUCACAAGUAAAAUGACAGAUUAUCAGUUCAUAAACGCUUACUUUUCACCCUGUUCCACACACAAUGCUAUCUCGUGACAUUUUCUAUAUUGCAUAACAUAAGGCGAAACCUACGUUUGCAUUACAUAACCAACUACAUUCAAAAGCAUUCAAGUGUGAUCAAAUUGAGUGGUAGCUCAACUGAUAGAGUGUUGUUGCACUUGCAACCCGAAGGACUUCACUUGACACAUGAGCACAAAGUGUCAAUCAUGUGGUUGCUUCAGCAAUUCUGUUUUCCAUGACAUAUUUGAUUUUUAUGACAAUACUGGUUACAUUAAAGGAUUAGGGAGAGGGCUUGUUAACCUAAAACUCAAUAGAGCAUUAACCUCACCUGUUUAGGAGAAAGUC